CGUGGGAGCGCGCGGGAGCGCACGGCGGGGCGCGGAAACGCUGGGUCGCGGCGCCCCGAGGGACGCGGCCGGGCGCCCAUGGCGUUCGCGCUGCUGCGCCCCGUCGGCGCGCACGUGCUGUACCCGGACGUGCGGCUGCUGAGCGAGGACGAGGAGAACCGCAGCGAGAGCGACGCCUCCGACCAGUCGUUCGGCUGCUGCGAGGGCCUGGAGGCGGCGCGGCGCGGCCCGGGCCCCGGGGGCGGGCGGCGGGCGGGCGGCGGCGGCGCGGGCCCGGUCGUGGUGGUGCGACAGCGGCAGGCGGCCAACGCGCGGGAGCGGGACCGCACUCAGAGCGUGAACACGGCCUUCACGGCGCUGCGCACGCUCAUCCCCACCGAGCCGGUGGACCGCAAGCUGUCCAAGAUCGAGACGCUGCGCCUGGCGUCCAGCUACAUCGCGCACCUGGCCAACGUGCUGCUGCUGGGCGACGCGGCCGACGACGGGCAGCCGUGCUUCCGGGCGGCCGGCAGUGCCAAGAGCGCGAUCCCCGCCGCCCCCGACGGCGGCCGCCAGCCGCGCUCCAUCUGCACCUUCUGCCUCAGCAACCAGCGCAAGGGGGGUGGCCGUCGUGACCUGGGGGGUAGCUGCUUGAAGGUGAGGGGAGUGGCCCCACUUCGAGUGCCUCGGAGAUGAGCCAGGACCCCUGUGGCGUUUGCUCCAAGCAGGACCCCGGAGAAGAAGGCCAGAGGCCAGCCACUGGUAGACAGGAAAGAAGACCCCAGGAUCCAAGCCCAAGCCUUCUUUGUGUGGGGACCAGAGGACAAUGGCCUAGGCCCAUGACCCUCUGGGCAGGCCCCCUGGGACAUCUCCACCCCACCCUGGAGAGCUGAGAGGACCCAGCCAGCCAGCCCCAGCCCUGGCUGGUCAGAGGCAAGGCAGAACUUUUGGAAAAACAAAGACUGUUGGUGAUAGGAUGUGUGCAUGUCUGUGCGUGCGUUGAGGUGUGUGUGUGUGUGUGAGAGAGAUAAUGGAUGGGUUUAAAAUAAAAGGUAUUUUUAAAUAAAAGAUGUUCCAAACUGAAGAAGGGAGGGACCUGGGACAUCAGAGGUCAGGGGUAGCCACUCUCCUGGACCUUGGCUGAGGCCCAGAUGUGGCAGGUGCUGCCUUGUGCCCUGGAGGUGGUGGGGUCAGGAGGACCCGCCUCUCCAGAAGUCGAGAUAACCAAACUUUGCUCACAGUCUUCCUGAACAGCUGUUAGGCGUCUGGUGCGGCUGGCAAAGCAAUCUUAAUUUUAUUUAUUUUUGAAUAAGGAACAUAUUCAUUCACAUGGUUCAAAAUUCAAAAGGUACAAGAGGGUAUAGGAUGAAAAGUCUUUCUCCCUCCUGUCCUUCAGCCACCAGUUCUCCCUGCAGGAGCCUCAGCCACCGGUUUUUUGUGACAUCCUCACUCCUUAUGAAAACCAAGCAAAUACAGAGAAAGAAAAAUAUAUAUAUAUUUAAGUUUUCUUCCACUUUACACAAAGGGUAGCACUUUGUACAUGCUUUCUGCUCCAUGCAUUUUUUUUUUUUUUCUAAUCAGCUUGGUUGUCAUCCUGAGUCUGUACACGAGGUAAAGGGUUUCACUCACGGUCCUUUCGUAGCUGCUUGUUGACUUUGUGAAUGUACCAGACGGUGAAGCAUCCCUUAUCCAAGUCUUCACAGACAGGGCUCUAGAGGCACGCAGAUUUCCACGUGUGCAAACAAGUAUGUGCUAAGGGGCUGUUCUGACCCUCUUUUAGCUGAGAUGAUUUGGAAGGAUGAUGACGCCCAGAGGCGUGUGGCUGGCGCAUGGCAGGGUGACGAUGUGAGGUCUGUCCACCUUGAAAGCCCCAAGUGAGCUCCAUCCACUGUCCUGGAGAAGCUCCAGAGUGGGUGCCAGCCCCCGUGACCCCGAUUAUUCCAGCAGCGCUGGGAGGUGGGGGCUGGUGUGUCCCCCUUGCACAGAUUCAGCCGAGAUGGUGACGGGCACAGCCGUCAGCAGGGCCAGGAGUUCUUGGUUCUCCGGCUGGGGCUCUGUCCCUGUGAGGCCAGGAUCAGAGAAGCCCAGGCGGCCGGAAGGUGGAGAACGCAGGGAGAGGGGCCAGGAGAGGCCGCAGAGCCGGGCAGCCGCCCUUCCCUUAGGGUGCGCUCCCAUGCCUGUUUUUAAAACUUAUGUAUUUAACAAACACUUAAUUAGCAUUUGCCGAUGGAAGCCAGGCUCCAGAGUCCACUCUCGUGUCCACUCUGCUCUGUCACCCCCUGCAAAGUUUGACCUUCUGACUGAGCUGGAGGGGCUGCCCAUUUUGCAGAUCAACAGACAGAUUGCCAAGCACCUGCUCCGUGCCAGACAUGACAGGGGUGGGCCAGACCCACCCCGUCUGCCUCACAGACGAAAAACCAGACCCCAGUAGUAUGAGGGGGUGGCUGGAAUUGCUGGUCCAGACUGGAGUGGGCCGUGAAACCACGGCAUUGACCCCGUUUAGUAUGACAAGUUCAGGAAGGAGGGCGCCGAGGAGCCGGGUCCUGCCCGGGAGAGCUUCCCCUGUGUCCAGGGACGCUGGCCUUGCCUAUCCUGUGUCCCAGUGCAGCAUGCUUCCCCCUGUGGGAGCUAAUUAGGAAAGCACAUUGCCCUCUCUGCGCCUACCCAAGUCCGGGUCCAGGCAGCCCCUGGCAAAGCCACAGGAAAAGAACUGUGACCUCGUCAAUGGCAGGAAGCCUGGGAGUCAGGGCACAGCAGACACUUGGGUGCUCUCGGCUGGAGGCCCGCUUCUGCCACCAGAUUUGCUGGGUGACCCCAGAGAAGUUGCUUGACCCCUCUGGGCCUCCUUCGGCUGAUCUCUAACCAACAAGAACAGCUGGGACAGAAUGAUAAUUAUUUGUUUUGCCUUGUUAAAUAGUUUUUAAUAGACCGUUUAUGCCGGGGGGCGGUGUGUGGCGGGGGUAAGAACUCAAGUUGUAUCCAAUAGUACACAGUGAAAAGUACAUACCUCCCUCAGGCUCCUCCCCAAAGGCAACUGCUUAGCAGUUUCCUGUGUGUCCUUCCAGAAAUGCUCUGAACUGAUUACUGUUUCUAAAAGAGUACUUACAGGUU